UAUAAAAUCCAAGGCAAAAGGCUUCUUCUGCUCAUUUCAGCACAUUAGAGAAGCUGUACACAAACAGGGAAAUGUUUUAUUCUGGAAUUCUUACUGAGAGUAGCAGGAAAGAUGCAGAUUUGAGGGAAGCUGCAUCUCUUAGACAGCAGAGAAGGAUGAAACAGUCUGUGCAGUUUAUCCAUAAGGAUUCUGCAGAUCUUUUGCCUUUGGAUGGGAUGAACAGACUGGGAACAUCCAAGGACACACAACCACAUAAUAUACUGCAAAGACGCCUACUGGAGACCAACUUUACGAAACUGAGAAGCAACCGUGCCGCCUGGACGCCUAAGAGUGAAUUCUCAGCUCAGAGUAACAAACUAAACCACACGAAAACGGAAAAUCCCAGGAAAACAGAAGAGGAUGAUAUGAUUUUUGUGUGGUGCCGGUGUGCUGGUAAGGAAAUGAAAACGAUGAUUGACACCUCCUGUCAGUAUAGCCUCAUAUCCUCUGCCUGCCUUGACCGACUGGGGUUAAAGGAACAUUUCCGGUCCCAUAGGAAUGAAGAGGAAAAAAUUACUUUACCUUAUAAUAUCAAAACUCUUGGUCAAAUAGAGCGUUUAACUAUCAGCCUGGGAAGCCUAACUGUGGACUGCAAUGCCAUAGUUAUAGAUGACAAAGAGAGAAAUUUCUCACUUGGACUCCAGACCUUGAAAUCCCUGAAGUGCAUCAUAAACCUUGAAAAGAAUUAUCUUGAAAUAGGAAGGACAGCAAGAGACACUCUGCCCUUCAUUGUUAACAGGUACACACUCACGGGAAAACAACCAUUUUUCGAUGUGCUUUGUAACCAAUUCCUUAACUCAUUAUUAACAUAA